CAUCCAAAACAGCAAAACAGCAAAACAGCAAUCCUACCCCACCCAACCCCAAGCCAAGCCAACUAUAUAUAUAUACACACACACACACCACACACCCGGCACCAUGGCAACCCCCGCCGUUUCGGGCGGCACCACCACGAGCGAGGCCGACGCCAAGAUCUCGAGAGACCUGGCCGUCCUGGCCGAAAAGAUGGACCUCCUGGAGGGCAUGCUGCUGAAGCCUUCCGAACCGGCGGCCCCCCGGCCGAGCGUGAGGACCAACGAGGCGGUCCGGGCCCUCGUCGGCUACCUCGACGCCUGCGGGCCGCGGAUGAUCGAGCUGGUGACGGUGUGCACGACCUCCCCCGUCUUUGCGGGGGUCCUCGGCGAGGAAGUCUUUGGAGAGGUCCUGGCCUCCAACGACCGCCUGCAGAAGAUCCUCUCGGACGUGGACACCCUGGCCAUGACCGAGACGGCCGCCUCGACCACCGCCGCCUCGGCGGGAGGGGCGUCCGGGAAAUCCCUCGGCGAAGACGGCGACGGCAACGGCGACCUUGGGAUUACGGACCAGUUCGAUGACCUCUUUCUCUCGAGCGAGGACGCCUUUGCGGAGGCCCACGGAAACACCACGCACCGAAGCGGCGCCGCGGGGGCCAAGACGACGGGCGAGGAGGACGAAGGCGGGGACACCAAGCCCGCCGCCAAGCCCGCUGCCACCGCCGAGAGGGACCCCUUUGACGAUUUCUUUGCCGAGCGGACCGAGGCCUCCAAUUUCUGAUGGCACACACACACACACAAACGCACACACACACACACACUAUAGCACAACACCGUUGUUGGAGGAAAGGGCUGAUCGACGGAAACCACCUCCUAUAGCAAACUAUUUAUUUUAUUGAAUACAACUAUUGGACACAA